AUGGUUGCAUCACAUGAUGUGAGAUCGCGGAAAAAAUACCAAAGCGGUAAAAUACUACAAGAGAACAUAAUGAAACAAUUCUUAACCAAAUCGGGUAAACCCAUCACAAUUGGAACAGGUACAGGGACCAAAUGGCAAUGGGCUAAGAAGGCUACUGAUGAUAAAUACUUUCAACCUGUUAUUGAUCAACUUAAAUUGAGUAUUAAAUGUGGAUACAACCAUAUUGACACUGCUGAUACUUAUACUACUUGCCCUGAAGUCGGUAAAGCUAUUAAAGAAAGUGGUGUGGCUAGAGAGGAUAUCUGGAUUACCACCAAGUAUGCUGCUUUCACCAUUCAAGGCAGAAGAGCCCCUGAAACAAUCACUUUAGCUUUCAAUCAAAUGUUAGAGGAAUUGGAAACUGACUAUGUUGAUGCCUUUUUGAUUCAUUCCCCCUUCAUCGAUGAAGAUUACGAUUAUACUUUAACUACAUUGUGGCAAGAAUUACUUGAAUUAUAUAACACUGGUAAAAUUAGAUAUAUUGGGGGUUCUAACUUCAGCGCUAACCAUUUAAAAUUAGUUAGUAGUUUACAUGAGACAGUUAAACCAGUCAUGAAUCAAAUUGAAUUCCAUCCAAACUUACAAAAUCAAUCGAAAAACAUUGUCCAAUUUUGUAAAGAUAAUGACAUUCUUGUCGAAGGUUAUAACCCUCUUUGUUCAUUAUUCAAAUUCAAAGAUGAAAAUUUAUCCAACUAUAUUGGUGAAUUAGUUAAGAAGUAUGGUAAAACUGAUAGUCAAAUCAUUUUGAAAUGGGUUUUACAAAUGGGUGUUUUACCUGUAACAACAUCAAGUAAUGAAGAUAGAAUCAAACAAUCUUUGACUUUAGACUUUGACUUAACAGAAGAAGAAAUGAAAGAAAUCUGUGAUAUUGGGGCUAAAAACAAGCAAAGAUUCUUCUUCCUGGAUUUUGAUGAACAAGAUUUAUAG